AUGCAGCAGCCCGAUACGAUCGACAGCGGAGAGUCAAUCAAUGAGCUUGAGCAUUGGAAUAGCCCUCGAAUAAACUCAUGUCGUUACUAUGCCGCCAACUUCUCGUUCCUCAUCAUGGGUAUGAAUGAUGCAUCCAUAGGGGCUCUACUACCAUACAUUGAAAUAUACUAUGGCAUCAACUACACCACCGUCUCGACCCUCUUUCUCGUACCUGUGGCUGGUUAUGUAGUCGCUGCACUCACCAACAACUGGAUACACUACACCCUAGGCCAACGAGGCGUUGCAAUUCUUGGGCCUCUCUGUCGCCUCAUCGCCUACAUUCCUGUGGCACUUCACCUUCCAUUUCCAGCACUACCCUGUGUCAUGCUGUUUACUGGUUUCGGUAACGGUAUCCAAGAUAGUGGCUACAAUGCCUGGGUCGGUAACAUGCACCGAGCCAACGAACUCUUGGGUUUCCUCCACGGCGCCUAUGGCCUCGGUGGUACCAUUGGUCCUCUGAUUGCUUCUGCCAUGGUAACUGAGGGAAAACUUAACUGGUACAUGUUCUAUUAUAUCAUGAUAGGACUUGCUGUGGUUGAACUUGUUGUUGGAACAGCUGCAUUCUGGGGUGCAACCGGCCAGAUGUAUCGACAGCGAGUUCGCUACGACGAAGCUAAAGACCGUGCAACAACACGCAUGGCACUCAAGAAGCCCAUCACCUGGAUAGUUGCUGUGUUUCUCCUGGGAUACGUCGCGACUGAAGUCAGCUUGGGCGGUUGGAUUGUCACUUUCAUGCUUCGAGUACGACAUGCCAGACCUUUUCUUGCUGGCUUGACAGUUACGCUAUUCUGGCUCGGGCUGACAUUGGGUCGAGUUGUUUUGGGCUUCGUCACGGAGAGGACUGGUGAGAAGACGGCCAUCAUGGUCUAUCUUAUGCUCUCCAUCGGGUUGGAGCUGCUGUAUUGGCUUGUCCCCAGCUUCGUCGCCUCUGUCAUCUUCGUCAUGCUUCUUGGGUUCUUCCUAGGGCCUCUGUUCCCUGCUGCUAUGGUUGCUGCAACCAAGUUGCUCCCAGCUGAUUACCACGUCAGUGCCAUUGGGUUCGCGGCUGCAGUCGGAGGAGGUGGUGCAGCUGUAGGACCAUUUGCGGUUGGUGCAAUUGCGCAAAAGACAGGAGUUCAAGUUCUACAGCCUAUAAUAGUCGGGCUCCUCGGUGCUAUUACUUUGGUAUGGCUUCUUCUUCCGGGGGGGUUCAAAAAGGGAGGUCUUGAGAGAGCAAGGGAGCAGAAUUUGAGGCCUGGAGGAGAUGUGAAGGAGGUUUGGUUAUGGGUCAAGUCGAAGUCGGCAACACUCCCAUACACUAAAACCUCCAUAAAUCGUCGUCAAUCGCUCAAUUAUCGUCCUCCCGCCCUCGCGGCUUCGUUCAUCAUGGCGCCGACUUCGGCCUCCAUCACUGCCCUUGCGCCCCUCAAACCCGACCUUCACGAACGCGCCUGGGCCUCGAUUCCUCACCCGACUCUUCCUCUAAUCGCAACCGCUCACGGAAAGGCCGUUACUGUAUUCUCUCUCUCGACUGCCUCAGCCCACAGCGUCCUUACCGGAGGCCACACUCGCUCCGUCCGCUCCGUCGCAUGGAAACCCCAUCUGCGCCCCGGCAACCUAUGUCUCGUCACUGGCAGUUUUGACUCUACGGCUGGAAUAUGGCGCUGGGAGGGUCAAGAACAGAACGAGGGAGGCCUGGAGGUUGAGGUCACGGCGCAGAGCGUGCGGAGGAAAAACAAUGACGAUAGCGACGAUGAUGGCGAUGCUGCCAACAAGGAAUGGGAGUUUACGCUUGUGCUUGAGGGUCACGACUCGGAGAUCAAGUCUUGCGCUUUCAGCCCCUCGGGUUCUUAUCUAGCUACGUGCUCGCGUGAUAAGUCGGUCUGGAUAUGGGAGGAUAUUGGCGCAUCUGAGGAAGACGACGAGUGGGAGACUAUCGCUGUGCUUAAUGAGCACGAGGGCGAUGUCAAGGCUGUUGCUUGGUGUCCCGACGUCCCUGGACGCAACGCCCGCCGCAGCUACUCGGCCGAUGUGCUGGCCAGCGCAAGUUACGACAAUACAGUGCGCAUCUGGCGAGAGGAUGGCGAUGCAGAAUGGGUUUGUGUUGCUGUACUCGAGGGUCACGAGGGCACUGUCUGGGGACUCCAAUGGGAGCCACGACCCCGGGAGGGAGAUCGCUUCCCACGACUCUUGACAUUUUCUGCCGAUAACACUAUCCGGGUGUGGACGCUGAAGCAGGAUGACGAGGCAGAGGAGAACAGUACGGGAGGUGGUGCCGGUGCUCUUGGUGGUAUCCCCAAUACGAUGCGGAGAUCUCUACGAGAAGAGUGGACAUGCACAUCUGUCUUACCCAAGGUGCACACCCGCGAUAUCUACUCUGUGGCAUGGAGUGCAAAGACAGGACUCGUAGCGAGUACUGGAAGCGAUGGUAUCGUUGCGCUGUACGCCGAAGACUCGGAGCAAGAUGUCGCGACAACCGACGGCCAAGACCAACGUAUGGGUAACACCGAGGAGAGCAAGCAACAACAGACGAGUUGGAGACUCCUGACUACGCAGCCCGGAGCUCAUGGGCCUUUCGAGGUCAAUCAUAUUACCUGGUGCCGGAGAUACGAUGCCGGCUCGGAGCGGCGCGGGGAAGAGGAGAUGCUAGUUACAACGGGCGAUGACGGGAUCGUGCGGCCGUGGCAGGUUGAGACUGACGCGCCAAGGUAG